GGAUUGCUGUAAAGUAACCACACGACGGAGCAACACAUAUUGCCAUUCGUUAAUUAUCUCUUGUUCAGGCAUCAGCACAGUGCUGGUUAAGUGUCCAAACCGUGCGCGCGUAUUAUUCCGGCAUGUCCGAGAGCAAGAGCGCUGAAAACCGCAGCUUUGAGGCUUCAUCCCCGAUAACUCCAGCGGAUCAGAUGGUGCCGAAAAAAUGACUUCGGCUCUUUUCAUCCUCGCUUACUUUUUCUCUUUGCUUCACUGUAGCAGCUGUGCUGACUCAGAGGAGCGUCUCAUGAACUGGUUGCUGGGUAAGGAUCGCUACAACCUGCUAAUCCGCCCGGCUGUCAACAGGACCGAGAGAGUCCCAGUGAAGCUGCAAGUGUCUCUGGCUCAGCUUAUCAGUGUAAAUGAAAGAGAACAGAUCAUGACCACAAAUGUCUGGCUCACUCAGCACUGGGUGGAUUACAGGUUAUCAUGGGACCCUGCAAAGUACGAAGGUAUCGACAAGCUGCGCAUUCCCUCCAGACACAUCUGGCUCCCAGAUAUUGUCCUGUACAACAACGCUGAUGGUACCUAUGAGGUAACAGUCUUUACCAAUGCCAUUGUCCUUUUCAAUGGCAGCAUCAACUGGCUUCCUCCGGCCAUCUACAAAAGCGCCUGUAAGAUCGAGGUCAAGCAUUUCCCCUUCGACCAGCAGAACUGCACCCUCAAGUUCCGCUCUUGGACGUACGACCACACGGAGAUUGACCUGAUCCUGAAGUCUGAGGUGGCUAGUAUGGAUGAUUUUACGCCCAGUGGGGAGUGGGAUAUCCUGGCGCUGCCAGGCAGAAGGACUGUCAACCCUCUGGAUCCCACCUAUGUGGACCUCACGUAUGACUUCAUCAUCAAGAGGAAGCCCCUUUUCUACACCAUAAACCUCAUCAUUCCUUGUAUUUUGAUCACCUCUCUGGCCAUCCUGGUCUUCUACUUACCCUCAGACUGCGGGGAGAAGAUGACCCUCUGCAUCUCCGUGCUCUUGGCUCUCACUGUGUUCUUGCUUUUAAUCUCAAAGAUUGUUCCUCCCACCUCACUGGAUGUGCCCCUGAUCGGCAAGUACCUGAUGUUCACCAUGGUGCUCGUGACCUUCUCCAUCAUCACCAGUGUGUGCGUGCUCAACGUCCACCACCGCUCUCCCAGCACCCACACCAUGCCUUCCUGGGUCAAGCUGAUAUUUCUUGUUAAACUGCCUGCCUUACUCUUCAUGAGACGCCCUCAAAAUAACUCUGCACGCCAGAGACUUCGCCAACAGCGGUGUCUACGGGGGAGGAGAUCCAUUUUGGGCUUGGGUUACCCAGUCAUAGCCCAAACAGGUAUCACCAUGUCGUCUUCUGCCCUGCUGUCUUCCGACUCUGCCUUCUCCACCCCAGGACACAAAAAUGUAGCUCCUCCGCUGGGCUACAGCAACUCCAACAGGAAGGGGGACUUUCGCUCGACUGAUUACCUUCCCAGUGGUUUCACUUCUACCCAAGACUUCCAGCAGAGACGCAGGUCAGAUUGGGCUGCUGAUGUCCAUGAGGCGGUGAACGGGGUGCGCUUUGUGGCUGAGCACCUGAUGGGAGAUGAUGAUGAUCAGAGUGUAAUAGAGGACUGGAAGUAUGUGGCUAUGGUGGUGGAUCGUAUGUUCCUGUGGAUCUUUGUGAUAGUGUGUGUGGUGGGCACCCUGGGCUUAUUUCUCCAGCCUGUCUUCCAGACUCAGAUUGUUCCCAACCAACAGCCCAGCUCAGAGGCUCCUCGCAUAUGAUGAGCAACAACGAAUACAGGGCCAGUUUUAUUUUAACAAUUUUAUUUUUUUCAGCAAUCAAGCUCAUUCUUAUGAGCUGAGGCAGCCAUGUUGUAGUUGCAAAGUAUUUUUUGGUGUUUGCUUAAAGCUUGUAGUACCAUAUUGGUGGUGUCCAAAAGUGGUUACAGCAACGUUAUCUGUGCCAAACCCCACCAAUAAGGCACCUGAGAGGCUUAAACCAGACACAACGUACUUACAACCACUCAUUGAGUACAUUAGUGGAACAGACAUGAUCUUUGUCAGAGAUGGAAUUGGAUCAAAUGUCUCCUAAUAAUGAAAACCACAUGGUCCACAUCAAUAACACACUGUAGAGCCCCCAAUAUGACGUGGAAGUGGUACAUCUGCAGGGGAUCUAAUGUGGCAUCAUUGUACGGAGGUCUUCAAGUAUGCUGAGCUGUUACAGAAAUAUAUUCAAAUCAUGAGAAAUUAUCAACAUCUGUCUACUUUACUCUGUUUUACUCCUUAUUUGUGUUUAAGUUAUAUUCCCAUGUCAUUAGAAUGUGACGUGUGAUUAAAGAAUGAAUAAUGUGCUCUUUCAGUUUGAUUAAAUGUAAGAAAUCUCCAAUAAAGUAC